AGAUAGCUUCAAACAUUCUCCGUGUCGUGCGUUACAAUCGAGUUUGGAUGAUGAUGCUGAUGCCUUUUUAUCUACCAGCCAGUACCAGAGCACCCAAGAGCAUCACUUGCAUCACUGAGAUAUAUACAGUCUCUACAGUGCUCCUCACCAUGCUCUUCACUUGUAUUGUGUGGUGUUGCCAUUUCACAACCUUCAAUCAGCCUUCGUUCACCUUCCUUGGUGAAUUGGACUACUCUGAGUGACUCUCAGUUAUAAAUGCUUGCCUUCUUGAUCGCGAGUUUUAUUCAACACAUCUUAACACAAACACUACCACUACACUCUCAGUCCCAAGUCCCGUCUUGUCUCCAAGUACUCGAGAUUGUCGCGGAUGUCACCGGCAAAGUUUAAAGUAAAUAUCAAGGGAGUAGGGAGUGACAGAACAUUGAUACUAAAACAACAAAUGGCCUUUGUUUUUUGUUAUCAUGUUUAAUUAAAAUACUAUCGGAUGUUAAGCUGAAUAUUUAUUCAUUUAAUUAGCUUAUUAAUAUUUAUUAAUCUGGAUUUUUAAUAUUUGUAAGGUAUUAAAAUAGACACCAAGAUGAAAGCAAUCGAGCAGCAUCAGCCAAAUUCAAUAGACUCGAGUGAUUCCGUAACAGGCAGUAGCGAGUACGCUUAUCGUCCUUUGACAACUAAGCACCGACGUGCUGGUAGUACUGGUACAACGGGUGACGAAGAAUACACGACUGAUGAAGACGAGUUUUAUGGUGAUGAAGCUGAUUGUGCUGGUACAUCACUGCACCCUCCUCAUCCAAUUCUUAAAUCAGAUUUAGCUCGCGCAGCUACUGAUCUAUUUGGAUACUCUUCAAAGGCUGAUGACAAUGACAAUGACAACGAACCUACCAGUUUAUUUGACGAUGAUGAGGGACAACUUAGUCCGGACAGCAGCUCAUUCAAAAUGUCUCCAGUUUGUAGCAACAAUAAGAAUUUACAAGUGUGUAACAGUUCUGUAAAUGAUAAAAACAAUAUUUUAAGGACAUUAGAAAAAAUAAAUACCGUAAAACAGAGUAAAAGUGAGACUGAAUUGAUAGAAUUCCCACAACACACAAGGCCUUUGGACUUGAGAAUGGAUAAUAAAACCAACAGUACUGUUUCUGUCCCGGAAAUACCUGAAACUAAAACUGAGCAACCUUCAGAGGAGAGUAGAAAUAAAGAAUGUGAUUUGAUGAAGACGGUCGAUGAUCCUCCGUCUCCAACGACUCUGCAGUGGGAGAAAGCUGUCGCAGAAGUAAAAGAACACGCAAUUACGAAAUUACAAGAGGAGCUUAAGAGGGCACAUGAAGAACUCAAGCUUAAAGAUGAAGAAGUCACGCGAUUGUCACGCUUCAGACAAGAUGUCGAGACUGAACUUGAAGAACUCACUGCCAAUCUUUUUCAGGAAGCGCAUAAUAUGGUACGAGAAGCAAAUACUCGUCAAGCAACAGCAGAACGACUUCUAGAAGAAAGUCGUAUGAAGAAUGAAGUCCUAGCCGCUGAGGUAUCGGCAUUAAAAACUCUAGUACUGACGUCAACACCAGCACAACCAAAUCCUCACUUACAUCCGCAAAUUGAUAUACGCUCUAAAUCAUCAAGUGGCUCAGACGACUUACAACUGGGACUAUUUACUAAAAAACAUCGCCGAUCACCGUCGCACUUUAAUCUUAAGUAUGGAAGAGAAAAUUCUCCACCUGAAUCUCCGGUUAAGGAACAAAAAACAUCUCUUCCCAUUGAAAUCCACGCGUCGGAAAAAGACAUCACCGACCAUCGCGACAUCAAUAAAGAAUACCGCGAGAGAGAUCGUGAUCGCGAACGUGAUAAGGACAAAGACAAAGAAUGUAAAGAUUUUGGAGUUGAAAUAGAUCCAAUUUUACACUCUGAGUUUUUAAGGUGGAAGGAAAAUCCUUGUAUUGACAAAAGUGAUGUCUUUAUUGCAAGAGUUUUUCGCGAAGAUAUUGAACUUUGUCUUAGCUUUCCCAAUCAAGAACUUGGGAGUAAAGUUCGACAGGCUGUUUUAGACGGUAUUAUUUUCAUUGAGGCUAUCAGUGAUAAAAGUAAACUUUCUUUUCCAAGAAAAUGCGCUCUCUUAGAAGUACCAAGACAAUGCCUUUAUCGAAUGCGAUUAGGCGAUCAAGAUGUUCAUUAUUCUAUUUCCCAACUUUGUCGAAAUCGAAUAAUAGCAGUUUGUGAUUUUUUAAAUUACUUGAGAUAUAUCGAACGUGGAUUGGUAAAAAGUGCAGUUAAUGACAUUUUUUGGGAAAUCACAAGACUAAGAAAAGAAAUGGUAUUAGCACGACUUGGAAUAGCUCUCUCAUCUUAAUCUUAAGUUUAAAAUAUUUUUGUUUUUAUUAAUUUUAUUUUAUUGAAAAUGUCUAGUCUUGAGAUUAUCUGAGUUGUUUAAACAAAUAUCUCUUCUAGGGAUUAUAUACACAUAUUUUAUCAUCCACUUUUUAUAUUUUAUAUUUUGCAAUCACUAAUUUUAUUUUAUUUUAUUUUAUAUAAUACUCUAAAGUCUUCGACAAAUAGAACAUAGGCUUAUCGUCAUGAUACGGUACUAAAAAAUUAAAGUAAAACAAAAUAUAUAUAUAAAUAUAUACAUUAAGGUGGCCCAAAAAAAACCGACUAUUUU